CUAGUCUAGAUGGGUGAAGUCUGGGCAAGGGCUAGAUCACAGAUGCUGAGACUGCUGUUACUGUAAAGGUGCAAAGUUGUGGUGCAGUGAGCGGUGAAGUUCACAGCAGCUGUGAAGGCGGCUGCAGGCAGGCGCGGUGGUGUUGCAGGCUGUGUGUGUAUUGUGGAGGGAUGCGAGUGGUGCGAGGCGCCGCGAUGCGCUGCCUGCUGCCCGGGCUACUCUGCUGGCUGCUGCCGGCGGGCGCGAGGCGGCCCAGGGACACCGGGAACACCACCGCCGCCCACAGCGUCUCCCGGGCCCGCUGCACCUCGCGCUGUCUCACGCUGCACAUCGCGCAGCUCAGCGCCAGCUUCAGGAGUCUGCAGAAUGAUGAGAUUGUAACCUGGUGUGAAGGCCACAGGAGAUGCACACAGUGUCUACAACCUUGCAAGGUGUUGUGGGAUACCAACAAAAAUCAAUGUCAGCAACAGUGUGAGAAGCACCAUGAAUGUUUGACCAGCUGUGAGUUUUUGAGAUCCAUUCAAACGGUGAAGCAAGGGAAUUGUCCUGCACCCCAGAGAGCCUCCGGCUUUGCUGCAGCUUGUAUCCAAAGCUGCAACGUAGAUACUGAGUGCCCCAGUAUCAGGAAGUGUUGUCCUAAUGGUUGUGGUCAAACUUGCCAAACACCAGCAAAUAUGUUCAAAGGGGUCCCAUUAAGGCCCAAGAAAGAAUUGAGUUUUGCAGAAGACAAAAGUGGAAAGCUCUCAGUUGCAUGGAUGUCUCGGUUCAAUGUUUCCAUGGAACCAGUAUUUUAUAUACUGCAGAGAAGAUGGAAUUCAGGAAUGUAUCCGAGUGAAGAUGAUGCCAGCAAGUGGGAGACGGUUGCUUAUACAACAGAGGAGCAUGUUGGCCUGAAAAAUAUGAGACCAAACAUAUGGUACCAGUUCAGAGUGGCUGCCGUCAACAUUCACGGAACCCGAGGUUUCACCACCCCCAGUAAACACUUCCACUCCUCGCGAGAUCCCUCACCACCAGAUGCACCGAGUAAUUUGAGGAAAGACAACUUCACUGCAAGGCACAAUGGCGCUUUCAGUCUAAGAAUUCACUGGGAUCCACCCCAAGAGAAAGAUCUUUACAUUCACCAUUACAAAAUGUACUGGAGUCAAUGGGUUUCUAGGAAAACUGUUUUACUCACAAAGAAGGAAAACUGGAAGAUAAUUGAUGGGGUGAAAGAUGAAGUUGAAAUUGAAGACCUUCAGCCAAACACACAAUAUCUGGUCCAAGUACAAUCAGUGGCCAAUUGGGGACAAAAGCGAUUAAAGAGCAGUAAAGCCCUGUUUUUCUUUACUACUCCUUCAACAGACAUCCCAUCAAAUGAAGCUAUCACUACAACAGAAGUGUCCAAUGAACUUCCACACAUUCAUCAAAUGUUUGACAUUGGAAGUCUAGAGGCUGCAGACCCAUAUUACCAUGGCAACCAGCUGCAAGUUAAAGUGCACUGGAAAAAAGCAAAAGAAGAGAAUCUCAAGGAUCACAAUACCUACCUGCUAACAUGGAUGCCAGAAUCUUGUGCCAAGAACAAUUCACAAAUACAGCAACAUGCAACUGUCAAGGGUACUCAUUUCAUUAUCAGCGGGCUCUUAUUUGCUUGUGACUAUAAGGUGACAGUGCAACCCAUCAUUCUCCAGGGACAGGCACCGCAGGCCAUAACCUAUGUGACAACUCCGCAUUGCAGCAAUUCAAUUAAAGCCAAAGUGUUAAAACGCCUAUUUUGUGCAAAAAAGGGUCUUCGCCAGACAUCCAUUAAAACUUCCCGAAAGGUUACAUUGAAAGCAGAAAAGCUAACUGCGACUUUUGUUGCCAAAAAUGGCUCAGUCAAUGGAGAGUUUCACUGGCAGGUUUUACGAAGCCAACAUCAUCAGCAAGUCACUGGGUACCAAAUAAAUUGGUCAGAGAUAUCAACUGCUAACAGACCGGUUGUCAUGCCGAACAAGACAAUUUCGCAGUUUCAGAUACUGCCAUCAGAUCAGCCUUUUACAACAAUCCCCAAACUUCGACCUUCAACCACAUAUUGGAUUCAGGUUCAAGUCUUGACUACAACUGGGAAAGGCCCAGCCACUGUUAAAAUAUUUCAGCUUCCACCCGUUUAAAACAAGGCCUUAUAAAGGUGCUAUCUGUGACAAUCAUUCGUAUCUGCUGUCAAGAACCGCACAAC